ACUGGCAAAAACGGCAAAUUUAGCCGCUAAAAGUGUGUUCCAUGCCAAAGCGAAAAGUGAAGUGUUAUCAAUACACAAAAGCAAAAGCCAAGAGCUAAUUAAAGAACUCAAACAACAACAACAACAAACAAUAAUAAAUUCGAGUCGCGCCGUUCUUCAACCCGUCAACAUUUCUUCGUACUACUCAAUUAAUUCGUGCGGCGCGUGCAACCAGAGCUAUCAGGAGGAUAUCAUGCUACUUUCAUACAGAUGCAUUUACUCCGUCAUACUGACCACCAUUGCCAGCAUAAUGGUGGUAUUAAGUUCAGCUGCCUCCAAUUCACCAGGCGGCAACAUGCUGCCGUCGGUGCGCAAGUGUGGAGGCACUGGUGGAGCAGGACACACCAUGGCUUUGAAUUUGGCAGCCUACGGACUAUUGGAGAAUCGUAUCAGCACAUUGGAGUCCCCGCGUCAGACACAUUGGUCGAAAAAGUUCCUGGCCAAACGGGAGGCAACACCACACAGUGCCCCCUACGUGGUUAGCAUACAACAGAUGACACCAGACCAGGGAUUGGUGCACUACUGUGCUGGGACUGUGAUCAAUGAGCAUUGGAUAUUGACGGCAGCCCAUUGCCUGACCUCACGUCAGUCGGUGGAGAAUUCGGUCAUUGUGGCCGGCAGUCACGACAUUCACGAUCAUCGCGGCGAGGCGGCCAACAUUCAAUUGCGACGCAUUGACUACUAUGUCCGUCAUGAAUUGUAUUUGGGUGGCGUCAAUCCCUAUGACAUUGCUCUCAUCUAUACGAAAACCCCUUUGGCUUUCGACCAGUAUGUCCAGCCGGCCACAUUACCCGAACAGGAUGCUCUACCCGAUGGCUAUGGCACACUCUACGGCUGGGGCAAUGUCUCCAUGACAGCUGUGCCCAACUAUCCGCAUAAAUUGCAAGAGGCCAAUAUGCCAAUUCUGGAUAUGUCGCUGUGUGAACAAAUAUUAGCUCGCUCUGGUUUGCAGCUGCACGAAACGAAUCUUUGCACGGGCCCAUUGACCGGCGGUGUUAGCAUCUGCACUGCCGAUUCUGGUGGCCCAUUGAUCCAACAAUGCUGUGAGGAGCAGUUCGAACAGGCAAACAUUGUCAUUGGCAUUGUCUCAUGGGGCAAAAUGCCAUGUGGACAAAAGAAUGCUCCAUCAGUGUUUGUUCGAGUCUCAGCAUUUACGGAUUGGAUCAACCAAGUUAUCACAUCAGCCACUCAAAUCAUCUAAGUGGCACCUCAUCAUCAUCAUCAAGAAGAAGAAGAAAGGAGAGAAACCUCAAGGACUCGUAGCUCGAAUGUUAUAGGAAAAAACCAAAAAUAAAUAAUUUUUUCGAAAUAAAAACUAACAAAAACAAAACUCAUUAAAACAAAACUACAAAAAAAGACUAAUUAAUCUCAUUAGAUAUUAUUGUAUAAAAAUAGUUUUAAGAACAAAACAAAGAAUAUUGUACUA